AUGGCAGAAAGCAGUUGGCACGAUUUACCUCAAGUUGUUCAAUUAGAAAUAUUCACCUUUUUAUCAAUUAAACAUCUCGGAAAGGUUCUUUCUUUGAGCAAGACGAUUCAACAACAAUUGGACGAAAGUGAAUACUUUUGGCAGAAAUUAUCAGUCAAUUAUGCUCGAGUUCUGGAUGAUCCAAACAUUAUGGAGCAAACCAAAGCAUUAGCAAAUGAUCAAACUGAAAAGAAUCUUCAUGAAAAGUAUUCGAAUCAUUUCGAAUUAUUGAUGAAAGCAAAAGAUAAGAAAAAAGUAGAGUUACAAACCAAGGUAAUGGUUGAGAAGAGAAGAAAAAAAUUAGAAUUGUUGAGAAGUAGUUUGAUGUCAGCACUUUUGACUCGUGCUUCUGGCUCAGAAAAGAAAGAAGAAAAGAAAGAAGAAAAUUUCGAUUUGGAAAAGGAAAUUGAAAAAUUGCAGUUUGAUUGA